CUGCGCGAGUCGCCCGCUGAUGUGGGCUUGGUCACGGGGGAGCGGGGUUCGCACGCUGAGGUUCGGGUGGAUGUCACGGAUCGUAAGCGCCUUGUUCUUUAAGUCCCGGAGUACCGCAGCGCUCCGGACCAGGCGGGUAACGUGCGAUGAGCCGGAGCGAGCUCUCGCUGCAGGCGCUGUCCUGGAGGCGCCUGUAUCUGAGCAGGGCGAAGCUCAAGGCGUCCAGCCGCACCUCGGCGCUGCUUUCUGGUUUCGCCAUGGUGGCCAUGGUGGAGGUGCAGCUGGACACCAGCCAUGACUACCCUCCCGGGUUGCUGAUUGCAUUCAGCGCCUGCACCACGGUGCUGGUGGCCGUGCACCUGUUCGCUCUGAUGAUCAGCACCUGUAUCCUGCCCAACCUGGAGGCCGUCAGCAACGUGCACAACCUCAACUCGGUCAAGGAGUCGCCGCACGAGCGCAUGCACCACCACAUCGAGCUGGCCUGGGCCUUCUCCACCGUCAUCGGCACGCUGCUGUUCCUGGCCGAGGUGGUGCUGCUCUGCUGGGUGAAGUUCCUGCCCAUCAGACCCAAAGAGCAGAGGAACAGCACCAUGUCCGCAGGUGUAGCAGCAGCCAUCACCUCCACCUCCAUCAUGGUGCCCUUCGGCCUUGUCUUCAUCGUGUUCGCCGUGCACUUCUACCGCUCGCUGGUCAGCCACAAGACUGACCGCCAGUUCCAGGAGUUGGAGGAACUGGAAGAUCUGACCAGACUGCAGAAUGCGCUGGACCAAAGAGGGGAGGGGUCUGCUCUCUGUUCCCCUGCCUCCCCAUAACCCCGCCCACUGAGGGCAGGGCCAAAGUGAACCUUGUUUUAUCACUACUAUACUGUCUGCCUGUUUGUGCAUGUGUAUAUUUAAGGAAGUGUUUGGUGUUGUGUGUUCAAAUUAUAUAGGCAGUUUCUGCCACGUUUGCGAUCAUCUAUACAGAAGCAGCACUGUCAGCAUGCACUGAAUGAACAAUCUGGAUGAACGUCCUCUUUAAUCAUAAAUCAUUAGAGGUACAGUGUUCGUCUCACACAGCAACAGCAGUCUGGUGUAGAGAACAAGGCAAGCUACGUUUUUAAAUGUUCUACGUGAUUUGGUGGACUGGCCUUCAGAGCGCAAGCUUUCACACUGAUGUCUGAUCAUCAGAAUAGAGGUUUUAUUCAUUCAUAAGUUCCAGAUCUGGAUCAAAGUUGUUGUUUUCCCCCAAUGGCUUUCAGUUCCAGCUAGAACCUCAAUAUUCUAAACAUCAAUAUGUGCCAAAUUUGAUCUUAUAUUUCAUGAUCACACAUUUUUAGAAAUGCCCCUUUUUGUUUUUUUAAAGUAGGUAUAGUAUAUAAGCACUUUGUGUGUUAUUCUGUGAAACUGACUUCAGCCCUGGGACACCGUGUUUUGAGGACUAAUCUUGGCGUUAUGGUGGUGUCCUUCCAGCAUUACACUGAGUGGCCUUGGAGUUUGGUGGUUUUGUAUUGCCAAAUACAAUUAAACAAAAUUAUUUCCAAAUACAUGAAUUGUAUGUUAGAACCAAUUUUUGUAUGGUUCAAUUAUUGGAUUAUCUGGAAGCUUUUCAUUAAUUUAUCAUGAACUUCAUAGUCUUAAACAAAUAAAAGUAAAGCUCAUGCUGA